AUGGAGUCGGCCUCGUCUGGAUUGGAAUUCCUCGCCCUUCACCCCUUUGUACGCGCAACGGUGCAGGAUAGAAUCAAGGGGGCCAUCAUCGGAUCUGCUUUGGGUGACUGUAUCGGGUUGUAUACGGUUGUACAACGAAUAUCCAAUCCGAAAACCUCGUCCUUGCGAAGCCUAGCAGCAUGGACCGAUGAUACAGAUCACGCACUGCUCAUUGUGCUGUCAUAUUUGCAUCAUAACGGCAAAGAACUUUCGCCAAAGGACGUAGCUAAGCGCCUGCAGAUCUGGGUCGAACAGGGUUUAAGAUGUUUGGAUAGACCCCCGUGUGGACUGGGGAGGACAGUAGGAACUGUAGUUCUCAGUAAAAACUAUCUUGACAACCCUGUCCAAGUUGCCUAUGAUUGCUGGGUUAAAUCAAAUAGAAACAUAGCACCAAACGGAUCAUUGAUGCGCACACACCCGUUGGGCGUGAUAUGCAUCUCUGCUACACUUCCAGAAACCUUCCAGAUUGCCGCAGAUUACUCAGCCAUCACACACGCAGAUCCCCGGUGCAUCGUAUCUUGUUGCACUGUGACAGGGCUUAUCCGAGGCAUUUUGCGUGGACAAGUAUUGAAUGAGGGCAACGUAGAUGAGAUAAUCGAGAAGGCUUUUGUGUGGGUAGAUGAAUGGGUAGGAAGGAGAGCCAGCGGUGUAUCUGGAUCAGGUUGUACUCCGAAAGAGAAUGAGUUACAAGAACACGGGGCUUUGCUUGAAAUUGAAGAAUAUACCAGGCACGCAAGAGCAACCAGCUUCAAAGAGCUUGAACUAGACGAUUCUCAGAAAAUGGGAUAUGUCUAUAAGACAUUUGGAGCAGCGAUUCUGGCCCUAAGGCUAGGGAUACGGCAAACAGGGUACGAGCAGAAAUGCAGAACCAACAGUGCCGCCAAACUACCGCAUUCUGUUAUUUUCGAGAAAGCAAUCACAGAGCUUACGUUUGAAGGCGGAGAUGCUGACACAAACGCCUGCGUUGCAGGGGCUCUCCUAGGUUGUUGGUUUGGAUAUAAUUCCCUGCCGCCACAGUGGCGCGACGGUAUGCAACAUGUCGCCUGGAUAGCGGGGAAGUGCGAGGCACUAACUCAAAUUGUUGGUGUGGAGGAAACCAUUUCUGACAAUGGACUGCAACUCAAGUACAAUGGAAGCAAGGACCCGGACACCUCGGUUGAUGGCGGAAAAGGAUUGAUGAAUGCAGAGGAAUUGAAGAAGAGGGAUGAGGAAUUCAUGUAUCGGUACCUGGCGAGAAGUAAAGAUGCGACGGAGAGAGAGAAGAGGAGGCUGGAGGCUAGUGAGAGAAAUCAGACGAAAGGAGUAUUCUCGUCAUUGAGAGGGUACCUGAGUAAAUAG